AACGCAUCGGAGCUUCUUCCUCCUCUCUCUAAGCGCAGCGAAGAAAAGAAGAAGGGAUUCGUGUCCGAUCUCUCUCUCUCUCUCUCACGCCGAUGUCCUCGUCCUCAAUGUUGAACACCAUCUCCAUAUCCGUCUCCGACGACGACGAGGUCACCGGGAGGAUGCGGGUCCGCGUCCGCCCGAAGCGCAAGAAGCCGGGGCUUCGGGGACGGCGCGAGCUCCUCCGGUGGGCGGUGAGGAUCGCGAUGCGGUGGUGGCCUGUGCUUCUGUUCCUACCUGCGGUCGCCCUGCUCCUCCUCGAGAGCUCGCGGUUGGGGCGGAAGCUUCCUGACGAGGUCGGAGACAAUCUGGCUGCUUCCGCGAAGCUGGAAUCGCUGAAGAACCUGAACCGGCUCGAUCCCACCACCAGAGUCGUCCAUGGCGUUAGGGAGCACUGCCUUAAGAUCCUUAGUCCUGAAAAAUUAGAGAAUUUAGAGUUUCCAGUAUCCGCAGAAUCCAACUUCCCCGCCAAGAGAGUGUUAUACAGAUCAGAUUCUAGUGACCAGCAUUCCGGAGAACAAUACACAAUUACUCAGAACGAAGAAGCUACAAGAUUUAAUUUGUUCACCGGAUACCAAACUCUUCACGAAAGAGAAGAAAGUUUCAAGGCGAAUGAAACUGCUGUGGUGCAUUGCGGCUUUUACAGUGAAAAUGGAGGAUUUAAAAUUUCUGAUGAUGACAGAAGUUUCAUGCGAACUUGCAAAGUAGUUGUCUCUACAUGUGCAUUUGGAGGUGGGGAUGAUCUGUACCAACCUAUUGGAAUGACAGAGGCAUCACUUGAAAAGGUUUGCUACGUGGCAUUCUGGGAUGAAAUCACUCAGUCAACUCAGGAGAAGGAAGGAAAGGUAAUUGGUGAGGACCACAUGAUCGAUAAAUGGCAUGUUGUGGUUGUGAAGGAUCUUCCUUUCUCAGAUCAGCGGUUGAAUGGGAAAAUACCCAAGAUGUUGAGCCAUCGCCUUUUUCCCGAAGCAAGGUUUUCAAUUUGGGUGGACUCGAAAUCUCAGUUUCGAAGAGAUCCAAUAGGUGUGAUUGAAGCUCUACUUUGGCGUACUAAUUCUGUACUUGCUAUUUCUGAACAUGGAGCACGAAGUAGCCUAUAUGAUGAAGGAAAGGCUGUCGUUAAGAAACACAAAGCCACGCCAGAAGAAGUGGAGAUGCAAUUAAAUCAGUAUCGGAUGGAUGCUAUUCCUGAUGACAAGAGGUUCAAUGGAAAGAAAGCUCUAGCUGAGGCAUCAGUGAUAGUGAGGGAGCAUACCGCAUCGACAAAUCUUUUCAUGUGCCUCUGGUUCAACGAGGUGGUUCGUUUCACAUCAAGGGAUCAGCUUAGUUUCCCCUAUGUUUUGAGACGUCUAAAUAUGACCAGAGUAAAUAUGUUUCCUGUCUGUACCAGAAAAGAUCUUGUAAACAGUAUCGGCCACCAGCGCAAGGUGAAACCUCUUGUAAGGCUAACUAGUUAAACCCUCGGAAACUGACAUAGGCCAAGCACAUUUCUAACUCAUUUUCAGGUAUGUGCAUCUACUGAUACCGAAGAUGUGAUUCACAUUGGGUGGAGUUUUCAUGUUA